AUGGGAGACUCGGAGUUAGUGAUUAAACAAGCAUCAAAAGAGUACAAGUAUGUUAAAGAAAAUUUAAUCAUGUACUUUGUGGUCACCAUUAGAUUACUCAAGAGGUUUGAGCAAGUCAAUCUCCAACACAUUCCACGACAAGAAAACCAAAGAGCAAAUGAUUUGGUGCAGGAGGCCUCAGGGUACAAAGCAUCGAAAGACCAGGAUGAAGACGUCCAAGUAAGAGAGAAAGUACGAGCAACAGUGUUGUCACCAUCAGAUUUGGCGAUUGUGAAGUUGGGAGCCGUAGAUAAAAAUCAUUUUGAAAUUUUGGCUGUCGACGACGGGGGGGAAAGUGAUUGGCGUAAACCGUUAGUCGAUUACUUACGUAAUCCCGUGGGGUCGACAAAUCGAAAGAUAAAAUAUAGGGCCCUUAGCUACGUCUUGGUAAAUGAUGAAUUAUUCAAAAAGACGGUCGAAGGAGUGUUAUUAAAAUGCCUAGGAGAAAGUGAGGCAUAUGUGGUUGUGUCAAGCAUACAUAGCGGGGCGUGUGGGGCACAUCAAGCAGGCUUGAAGAUGAAAUGGCUCUUGAUGCGCUCAGGAGUUUAUUGGCCUUCAAUACUAAGAGAUUGCAUUGAAUUUGUUAAAGGCUGUCAAGAAUGCCAAUUACAUGGGGGCAUACAGCAUGUGCCUGCAAGCGAGCUGCAUACAAUUGUGAAGCCCUGGCCAUUUCGAGGAUGGGCUCUGGAUGUUAUAGGAGAAAUAAGGCAAGCCUUAUCGAAACAACAAAGGCAGAAAGAGAAAGUCGCCCGAGCCUACAAUAAAAAGGUGAAAGGUAAAGUGUUUGAUGUCGAAGAUCUGGUUUGGAGAGCGAUCCUGCUGAUGGACAGAAAUGAUAGAGUUUUGGGUAAAUGGUCCCCUAAUUGGGAAGGACCGUUUAAGGUUUUACAGGCCUUUUCCAACAACGCCUACGAGGUUGAAGAGUUGGCACCAGAUAGGAGAAUCUUAAGAGUGAAUGGAAAGUACUUGAAAAAAUAUAGGCCUCUCCUUCAAGAGGUCAAAAUUUUGGCAAACUAA